UCGAGAGGAGAGACAAGAACAGAAGAUAUGUACAUAUUUAGUGCGCUAUUAGCCUCCUUGUUCUUUCGAGUAGUUAAGUAAAUGUCAUGUUCUUGUUCCAAGUUUUGGGAGAAAACUGUCUCUUAUUGUUCAAAGAGGGGUAAAUAAUGUGAAGGAUUGAUACAAAAUCUCACUGGAGUUGAUCGCAAUACUUUUUCUUAAAAAAGACACAUCAGCUUAAAAAAAGACUACCUACACAUAUUGCCUACCUACCUGUUGAUUCUUCCAUUUUUCAAUUUUUUUCUUGAUAGUAUUUCAACUUGUGGGAUUAUAUUGUUAGAAAAAUAUAUAUAAAUGGAAGUAAAGAUUGUGUUAAGUCGAGAGAAAAAAUACUGGAGGUAUGGACCUGGAGAUCGAGUGGAAGGAAAAUUAAUCGUUUAUAAUCCGCAUCCUGUGUACUGCUCAGGCAUUCGAGUCUCGCUGGAGGCAAUUGUUCGUGUAAAUUUUCGGGAUUCUAGCGGACGUCUCAUAACCAAGACGGAGGAUGCCAUUGUUCCCAACAUUUAUACAUAUGUGUGGCCCGUGAACUGGUCAUGGGCGCAGAUUAGCGGAAAAUUUUAUGAAGAACGCCAAUCCCGUCUUCCCGCAUCCAAGCACAUCUUUCCCUUCAGCUUUUCCUACCCGACGACCCCCAUUCCUCCAGGCACAUUUUGUAGUGAGUUCGGCUCUGUGAAACACUGCGUCACCGUGUACCUCAUGACCCCCAGUAAGAAUCACACCUUAGCCACUCACAUCCUCAACUUUGGCGACUACCUCAACCUCCUCCAAGACCCUGUCGCCCUGAAGCCGUUAAAACUCGAGAAGAGGAAAAAAUCCCUCAUGUUUUCCCUCGUUCAUCCCUCCUCAUCCUCAAGUCCGUUACAUUUCACGUUAAAAAUGCCACAACGGGGUUUCCUCCCAGGUGAAUAUGCUACCUUUAAAUUUUCACUGAUCAAUCUCACCGGAAAAAGUUUGGCCCGUGUGGUAAUAUCCUUCAUACAAAAGAUAAGUUAUCAUGCGGACAAAGUUAGGAAAACGCUGGGGUCGGUGUUGGACGAGGCGGAAACUUUGGAGGUGGACGCUGCAGUGGAGACGAUUUGGGAGAGCGGUUUCUUCAUUCCAAGAGAUAUCAAGCCCACAUUUUACAAAUGCAAUAUAGAACAUCAAUACUUUCUAAAGGUGCAAAUAUUUUCCAAAGGAUCUUCCACCCGACCCGCACUGAAAGGACACGUUCCCUUGAUUGUUGGCACGGUCCGAGACAAUUGUCAAAGGACGUGUAAUCAGUGUCGCGGGAUUGCGCCUGGUGGGAGCAGCACUUCUUUUUCGGCUGGAUUAAGUAGGCGUCGAACAUCACUCGAUGUCCUGCACACGUCAUCCUUGGGUCGAUUGGCAAAAGUGGAGUCGCCCUCGAUGAGUGACAUCUUUUCGCCACCACCCUCGUAUUCUCAGUUGUCGUCGAGAGCGGCUUCGAUUGAUAAUUUUCUUCCAUUGUACGAAGACGCCAUGUACGAGCGUAAUCAUAAUCGGAGGAAGAAGUCUGUCGAGACUAAAUAAUAAAAUGUAACGCUUAUUCCAGACAUCUUUAUCACUCAUUUGAAAACUACCUAUGCAUCUCAUGUGUAAUAAUUAUCCCUUUUAAAUGACUCAAAAUAAUUAAUACUUGUAAGAAUGACACUUAAAAAUACUCUGCGACAUAUGUAACCAAAUUGAAUUCGACCCGUUGGAGGUGAAGCGAAUUGUUAAAUAGCAAGGUUUGAAAAAGACAUCCUGCACUGUUUGUGACACUAUGCAAAUUUAUGUCAACCAUGAAAUUAUGCUGAUGUAAAUGAAAGUGACGAUACGAUAUCUAUGCACAUAUGUGCCCAGCCUAUUAAUAUGACCUCAUUCUUUACCUAUAACAUUGUCAAACUCUGUAAUAAAUAAUGUGAUCAAGACCGGAAGCGGUUACCUAAUAAAACAUAAUACGUUUAUCCCAUCUUCA